AUGUCAAAAUUAAGCUUUUUAGUUGGGUUUUGGAUAUCCAUUUUAUUGCAUUUUAGUGGGAAUGAUUUAAGGGCUUAUUUGGCAAGAAGGGCGCUGAGAGCAUUGAAAGGUCUAGUGAAGCUUCAAGCUCUUGUGAGAGGCAACAUUGUUCGGAAGAACACGGCGGAUACUAUGCGGAGCAUGCAGGCUCUGGUUCGGGUUCAGGCCCGUGCCCGUGCUUGUCGAGCCCUCCGGUCCGACCUGAGUCAGCUCAGGUCGAGCUCUCGAUCGCACCCGGGUCCAUCGACACCAGAGAAAUCCGAGCAACCCGUUCGAUCAAAUUCUCGCAAGCCCGAGAGAUCAUCCACUCUCAAGAGGAAUUCAUCGAAACAAACUAGCUCGAAUGAUAGAUUCAAUCAACACCAAGCAGAGUCCUCGGGUCUCCAAUGGCUCGAUCAAUGGAUGGAAGAUCGAUACAGCAUCGUCCCCAUGAGCACUCCGUUGGAGGAUGAACGUAAUGCAAAGAUACUAGAAAUCGACACUGGAAAACCCUCGAAGCGAAAGAUCGCCAAUUAUCCGCGCUCUUCUUGCUCGCCUUUGACCUCUGAUCAAUACAGCCAGAGUUUCACCACUGUCCCUGAUUCCCCUUCGAGGGACUCCACCGUCGCCCUACGCUCAAUCCCCAGCCCGUCCUCCGUCGACAUGAAUGAAUCUGUAACCCCCUUGAGGUUCCCGAUCCUCGACGGCUGUGACUAUGGCGACAGCCCACAGUUCUUCUCUGCAUCUUCAAGGCCAGGAAGCUCGAGGCGAGGACCAUUUACCCCUGCGAAGAGCGAUUGCUCGCGGAGUUUGUUCAGUGGUUACUCGGAUUACCCGAAUUACAUGGCGAAUACGGAGUCGUCGAGGGCAAAGGUGCAGGUCCGGUCGCAGAGCGCUCCCAAGCAGAGGCCUGAGUUUGAGAAGUCGGGCUCGAUGAGGCGGGUCUCGGGUGGUAAUGGGCCAGGUUUGUGCCAAUUGGGCCAGACGAGUUCUUCAUUGCACGCUAAGUUUGCUAACAAGGGGUAUCCGGGUUCUGGGAGGUUGGAUAGGCUGGGGAUGCCUUUGAGGAUUUGAUGCAAAGGUUGUUUAUUUGAAAUGUGUUUGUGUUGGGGGGUUUUGUGUAGUUUUUUAUGUGGGUUUUGGUUAGAUUUAAAGUUAUGUGUUCUUCUUUCUUGUUAGUUUUUGUUUUAAUGUUGCUAGUAACUAGUUAUGUCUCUAACCAAUGUUAUUAAAUAGGAACCGUUUCGAAGUAGAUAGAAGUUGUAAGGAAAUUAUGAAAGUUGAAUUCCAACGUUUAAACUUGUUUGGUGUAAUGCUGGAGAAUUUACUUUUUAUA